CGCCGGGCCGUGGCCCCGUGGGCGGGCGGCUGGGCGGCGGGAGCGGGGUCCGCGGCGCAGGAUGGAGAGUCCGGCGGUGACCUUCACCUUGGCUUACGUGGUGUUCGCCGUCUGCUUCGUCUUCCCGCCCGACGAGGUGCGCUCGGCCGGGCUGACGGUGCAGAGCUUGCUGGCCGCCUGGCUGGGCAGCGAGGACGCGGCCUUCGUGCAGUACCACCUGCGGCGCAGCACCGGCACGCUGCUGGCGCACUCCCUGCUGCCCCUCGGUUAUUACCUUGGUAUGUGCUUCGCUGCACCUGAGAAACACCUUUGUUUUUUCUACCUGGCCUCAAAAGAAUGGAAAACUUUCUUCUUCUUUGCUGUUCUCCUUCCAGCAGUCAGCAGCACCCUGGCAUAUUACUGGUCACGGAAGGGUUGGAAUAACCACCCGUUGGCCCGGACGCUCGCUGUUUAUGCUCUGCCACAGUCAGGUUGGAGGGCAGUGGCUUCUUCCAUCAAUACAGAAUUUAGGAGAAUUGACAAAUUUGCCACCGGAGCCCCAGGAGCGAGGGUGAUUGUUACAGACACGUGGGUGAUCAAGGUAACCACCUACUGCCUACACGUCGCUCAGCAGCAGGACAUUCAUUUGACUGUGACAGACUCCAGACAGCACGAACUCACACCGGACUCAAACAUGCCCGUGCAGUUCCUCACCAUCCGUGUUGCCAGUGUUAAUCCCUAUGUGAAGGCAUUUGAUAUCCGGCUGAACUCCACAGAGUAUGGGGAGCUCCGAGAGAAGCUACGUGCUCCCAUCAGCAAUGCAGCUAAUGUUGUGAUCCAUCAAAGCCUUAGUGAUUUAUUUCUAGAAACUUUUACGUCUCUGGUGGAAAUGAACCAGACGUAUUCCGUUCCAAGCACUCAGGAGCUGGAACCAUGCAUAGGAUGCAUGCAGACUAUUGCAAACAUCAAGCUCAUUAAGAACUGUCAAGAGCCAAAUGAAGGGGAAUGUCAGCAGUGCUACUGUCGUCCAAUGUGGUGCCUCACCUGCAUGGGCAAAUGGUUUGCCAGCCGACAGGACCAGCAGCACCCAGAGACAUGGCUGUCAAGCCACGUGCCUUGUCCAACUUGCAGAGCCAAAUUUUGCAUUUUAGAUGUUUGCAUAAUACGAUGAAUAACACUUGGGUGUGUUCUAACUUUUUAAAUUUGGACGUAUUUCAUAGUGGUUUUGGUCAAAAGGCCCAUUAGCAUUGUUUCUUAGACUUUGCAUUGCACAUGAGUGCAAGCUCCAGAGCUUUAUUUUAUAGCAUUGAAAAUGGAUGUACAUCUCAGUUCUUCUCAAUUUUUAUGUUUUGUCUUUGAUUUUUAUUCAUCAGAUGUCUGUUUCUGAAAAAUGUUGCUUGAAACUUUUAGUAAAAUUUUUCCUUCUAUGUCUUGGAUGGUAUAAAAUCAUCCUAUCCAUGUUGGCAAUAUUGUUCUCUUUUUAACAUAGGUAUUUCUGACUCUUUCAUAAAGGGCUAACUGAGAAAAUUACUUUGGUUAGACUUCACUGAUACUUUUGUUUAUUCUUUAAUCCAUCUGCAAAGUUCUUAUUCAUCUUUGCAAGUGUACACCAAACAAGAAUACCAGUUGUUCUCCUUCUGCUGGUCCCCUCCAUUUGUAAAGGAGAUUGGUUUCUGUAGACAAAGGAAUUGAAUUCCUGAAGAUGUAUAAUUUCCACAGGGACCUUUUAUUCCAUUAAUCUGCCUUCAGUUUAUUUUUUGACGGACAUAUUUAUUUCAAAUAGAAGGACUUAGAACUAUUCCCUGCUUACUUGCACUGCUAUUGUUGUGCAGUAUUAAAUCUAUAGAGCUACAUUGCUUAGGGUUUUAGUGUUUUCUAGGUGAUGAAUUUUUUCCUAUAUUUCAAAUAUCUGAGUUAUCUAAAUUACCUGAAAGAAUGCUCAACUACUUCAAAGCCUUUUUUUUUUCUUUUUUUUUCUCCAGAAGGAUUGCCUUUUCUCUGAAAUAGAUAUCAGGAUCACAGAGACAGCAAUUGCCCUGAGAAUGGCUAAUCAUCAUUUUCUUAAUGAAAUUUUUUCAGGCUUGCACUUCAAAGCCUGACCGUAAGCAAAAGACAUUGUUUUAGCAUUUGUAGGGUACGGGUGCAUACUUCCAGAUGCAGUGUGCAUCCAAAUAAUUUUUAAAUUCAAAUCAAAGCAUUUUCUAUAAAUUUAAGGAGCCAUUCUCCUGGACCUAAAUGCAGUGCUUACCAUUUCA